AUGCAUGUGUUCUUCCCUGACCCUCCACCAUCUCUUCCUCCUCACGCUCGCUCCUUCCCUGCCGCGGACUCCAUGGGGAGCGCAAGCAAGCUCCGCCUCUGGUGCUCGGCGUUCGCCUGCGCGCUGGCGUUCCUCGGGGCGCACGGGGACGACGACCAUCUCGUCGACAUUACCUACGUCGAGAGCGCCGUGGCCAAGGGAGCAGUGUGCCUGGACGGGAGCCCCCCGGCGUACCAUCUCGCCCCGGGCUCCGGCUCCGGGGUGAACAGCUGGUUGGUUCAUUUCGAGGGAGGGGCGUGGUGCAACAACGCGGCGACAUGCCUGCAGCGGUCGCGCACCCCGUUGGGGUCGUCCAAGGAGAUGGCCAGGCGGGUUGCUUUCACCGGGAUCCUGAGCAACGCGUCGGAUUACAACCCUGACUUCUACAACUGGAAUAGGGUCAAGGUUCGGUACUGCGACGGCUCGUCUUUCACCGGCGACAAGGAAGAAGUUGAUCCUAGUACACAGCUACACUACAGAGGUGCGAGGGUGUGGCAAGCAGUUGUAGAAGAUCUGCUCGCCAAAGGAAUGAACACAGCUGAACAUGCUCUGAUUUCAGGAUGUUCUGCUGGUGGGCUAACUUCGAUACUGCACUGCGACAGAUUUCAUCAGCUCCUGCCAGUGGAUGCCAAUGUUAAAUGCCUUUCAGAUGCCGGUUUCUUCAUCAACGUGAAGGACAUUACCGGAGCCAACCACGUUGAGGCAUUUUUCAGUGAUGUGGGUACAACACAUGGCUCGGCAAAGAAUUUACCAUCUUCGUGCACUUCCAAGUUGCCUGCAGGCGUGUGCUUUUUUCCUCAGAACGAGGUGCAGCAGAUCCAGACGCCCCUGUUCAUCCUAAAUGCAGCAUACGACUCAUGGCAGGUACGGCACAUCCUGGUGCCCGAGGGCUCCGAUCCCGAAUGGCGAAGUUGCAGGGACGACAUAACCCAGUGCUCCGCGAAGCAGCUCGAGACGCUGCAGGGGUUCAGGGACGAUUUCCUGGCGGCGCUGGGGGCGAGCGCGUCCAGCGGAUCCAGAGGGCUGUUCGUCAACUCGUGCUUCGCGCACUGCCAGUCCGAGACGCAGGACAUCUGGUUCGCGCCCGCUUCCCCGGCGCUCGGAGACAGAAGAAUAGCGGACGCGGUUGGGGACUGGUUCUACGGCCGCAGCGGGUUCCAGAAGACGGACUGCCCCUACCCUUGUGACUCCACCUGCUACACUAAUUGA